AUGCAGAGGCCUGUCGCCAUUCGCAGACGCAGCGUUCGGGUCCGCUCCGCUCAAGAGAAGCUUCAGCGUCGUCUGCGCCGACCACAACUGCGCGGCCACAUGGAGCGCCGUGAUCUCUCCUCCGCCCUUCUCCCUCUCGUCGGGCGCCGUCUUCGCAUGGACAUCGGCCCCGUUCUUCAGCAGCGUGCUCACCACCUCGCGCCUGUUGUCGGAGGCGGCGAGGAUCAAUGCGGUCCACUUGAACGAGCUGCGUGAGUCCACUUGCGCGCCUUUGGCCAGCAACUGCUCGACGAUCAGGAGCAGUCCCAGCUGA